CCCAUGCAAUCACCGCGGCUUGGACAUGUUGGAUGGAUGGAGCUAGCACAACAACGUACCGGUGAAACUGCUAAUAUUCUCUGUCUGUCGUCCUCCGACAUUUGAUUUGACAGUUUACUGGUGGACUUCUCCUUUGAUAUUCACCUUUGACCUCUAGGAAGAUGCUAUCUCAAAAGGAUGAUCUCAGUCAGAUUGCCGCAACGCCCAUUCACGAUGGAGGGAGAGUCCCACCCGGGUGUUUGGUUUCUAAUCAGAAAUGGAGAGGCUCGCAACUACAUAAUACGGUCAAAGGUCAGGUGAAAGUGAUCUUUGAAGAUGACCUUGGAGUGUCCGACUUUUACCCAUCCAGUGAGGUUGCUGUGGUCUAUGUCUCGGAGACGGAUCUGGUAGCAGGAGUAGGAUACAGGAGGAGGCUCGCCAAGCUAAGAAAGGUUAACAAACUGAAGGGUGUGGUAAUUGCUGAGAAAACUCCGAUGACCGAACAGUAUUUCUUGGACCUGCAGAAGUUUGUUGUGCUGGAACUUGGAAUGGUGCUCCAACCCAUCUCAUCCCAGACAGAAGCAGCUGGUCUCUUGGCCCAAAUGGUUUUGGAGGAGCAGAAGCCCCAUGCAAACCCUUUUCGCCUGAAAAGACGACCUCAGUCGCUGGACUCUAGUCUUUUAGCAACGGUGCAGCUGAUCCCAAAGCUAGGGUCCGUCAAAGCCAGGGCUCUGCUUCACAAGUUUGGAAGCAUCAAAAACAUCAGUCAAGCAUCACAACAGGAUUUGGCAGCCGUUGUAGGAGUCUCUUAUGCCAAGCACAUAAGGAACUUCCUCACUCACAAGACUGCACCAAAAAGAUGAAGGAAUCUGCGUUGAGCUAAUAGAUGGAAACAUACUCCCACCGAAAGCUCUUAGAGCCACCAAAAGGAUGUUUCUGUUGAUAGCUGAAAUCCUGCUGGAAUGCUGAUCAGAGCAGUAUGCUAAAAGCUUGUUGACUACAACGUCUACCUAUGCCUGUGCUGUAAUGCUGCUGUCUGUCUGAGUUCCAUGACAUUUACUCUGAUGGAAACCUAACCUCCAAACUUAAUAAACCCUAAUCCUUAUCUUUCCGUUUUUCUGAACCAAAAACUCUCUUACAAUCCGAACUGUAACCCAAUGCCCUCUGAGAUAUUAAGAUAGGAGCAAGUGUCACAGGAUCGUAUUGUUUAAUUAUUUACACAGUAUAAACAAAACAAAAUAAUACAUCUUAUGUAUCUGGAAGAUUUGGCUCUGAGGAAUCCAAAAUUAUGAAAAUCAAUACUGUCUGGCAAGGAGUUCCUUGAAAUUAAAGUCCACAAUGCUGGCAAUGAUGAAAUUGAUGUUGAAACAUGAUGAAUAAUAAAGAGUCGCUGUAACGAUUUGAAAUGUCAGAGAAGACAAAGUUGAUGAUAAACAGUCAAUUUCAGCAAUCCAUGGGUUGACAAAUGUUCUGUAGAACAGGUUGAUGAUCUCGAUGAGAACUGAGA